CUAAUCUUAAUCACAAUUUUUUGCAGCGAUUGGUGGUCACUUCCGUUGCGGCCUUGGUCGAGUAUUGUCGUGUUCACAAACACGUUACGCGUGUGUAAUUUGGACCUUAUUUUUGAAUUCUAUUCUCCUUCUAAAGAGGAAUUCUUUGUGUAGCAUCCUAUCAGUAACUCUCAUCUAAAUAAAAUUUCUGAUACUAACCCACAACUUGAUUUCUACAACAUUAGCGCUAUUUAUAUUCAUCGACUUGGCCGUGUGGGCCUGUGUAUCUCAGGCCCGGUGCCAUUCACAAGAAGAAGAAGAAGAAGAAGAAGAAGAAGAAGAAGAAGUGAUUGGUGGUGAUGGGUGAUGGCAGUAACGAACUGACGAACAACCGCAUGAUUUAUAUUACGAUGUAUUUUAUGAUAUGAUUAAUGACGUGUAUUAGCACAAGUUAAAUAAUAUCAAUUUAUUAUAACAUGGACACCGAAAAUGCUAUAAAAGUAGAAUUUAGUGUAAAGAAAGAGGAGAUUGACGAUGAUGAUAUGAAUAAUUACUACAAAAAAGACAAAGCAUUUCAGGAAAAUGUUGCACAAAAGAAACAAGUAAAAAAGAGAAAUAAAAAAUUAAAAGUGCAAGAAAUUGAGGAUUCAUUAAAAGAAAAGCAAUUGAAACAAGUUAGUAUCAAUGUCCCUGCUGAUAUGAUUAUCCCAAAAAAAGAAUCUACCAAUGAGAAUGAAGAAACUCCAAAGAAGCCAUCCAAAAGGCAGUUGAAAAGGGAAAAAGUUAUCCAAGCGGCUGUUCAGAAAAAGGAAAGUAGUAGAAUAAUUGCCAUGCAGAAGGCAUUGAAUUAUGUAUCUAUGUGGAAACAUUCUAGAAGCGAAUGGAAAUUCGAGAAGCUUAAACAGAUUUGGUUAAUGGAUAAUUUGUUGGAUGAAAACUCCAUUCCUGAUGCGAUUUUUCCACUUGUUCUUGAAUACUUUGAAGGUUGCAAAGGCAUGGCACGUGAAGUAUUAUUACGAAAGGGAAUGGACAUUAUAAGAAAAGCUGAGGAAAAGAAAGAUGAUCAAGAAGAGAUCAAAAACGAAAUUACAGAGUCAAUUGCUUACAAGCGAGCAAGGGAACUUUUGCAAACUUUACCAAUUGAUAAAUAGUUUUAAGUGUGAAGAAAUUUUAUUAAUAAAAGAGCGUUAAAAAACAAUAUUUAAGCCUAUUAAUAUAUAAAAUUUGGAUAAAAUAUGAAAAAAAUGAAAGAUCUUU